AGCGGACAGAGAAGGAGGAGGAGGACUCUGUCCAACACUCAGACGGGACACACAGCGGUUCUGAGUCACGAUGGAGUCUCACAGGCUGAGUGGCUCUCCGGACGUCAGGAUACAGCGGAGCUACGCACAGCCACACAGUCCUAGAGGCAACCAGGACAACUUGUUUGGAGUCAGGGUGCAGAUCCAGGGGAUUAAAGGUCAGCCCUAUGUGGUUCUGAACAGUUCUGGACAGGAGAUCCACCGGGACGUCUCCGUCAUUACUCAUCAGGCAGGGUACAAUCCUGGCGUGGUGAGGAGGUCUGUGGAUGAAAGACACUCUCCGUCAACCUCCUCCACGUUUCAUUAUCAGAAACACCCGGAGAUUCUGAAACCUUAUGACCCUGAAAGUAAUAAUCUGAAUUUAGUCAUUCCCUCAACAGCUUCAGUUGCUCGACCUGCACAGCUAAACACCGGCCUUCCUCCUGAGAAUGUGAACAAACCCAGGAUCCCUCUGCCUGCCGAGGGCUCAGAGGUGGACCAGAGUGAAAACAAGAUGCCUCCCUCAGGUAUACAAGCCCCUGCAAGGUCCCCAAACUCAGUGGACACAGACCCCUUCAUAUCAGUAGGGAAACUAAUAAGCCAGUUCAACAGCAGUCAGCGGAGGGGAAGAGGAGGACCAAGGAAUCGGUUGAAUCCAGAGCAGUGUCGAAGGUCACGCAGCGUGGACAGCAGUCGAACUUCGGACUCCUCGUCCUCGUCUUCUUCCUCCAGCAGAGCGUCGUCUCUGAAGGCUGUCAGGAGCGAGACCCCAGGUGGGAUGUAUCCUCCGGGGUCAGCCAGGGCUCGACUCCUCAGUGGAGAAGCCUCUUUGUCAAGGGAGGAGAACAAGCCCAGCGCCCUGCUUAUUAAAGGACUCACUGGAAAAGAGACGAUGUCUCCACAGGCUGCAAAAAUGCUUCACAGGGCAGAGAAACCCUUCAUCUCUAAAUCAUGCAGUGACCAGACUGAUGAAUCUGAUGAAAGAGAUGCACAGGUCACUCCUGAUCUUCUGAAAGGACAGCAAGAAGUCUCGGUCGACCCUCCUGAAGACACAGCAAAACAAAUACUGUUCACUUACCUAAAGGACGGGACGGCUGAUGAUGACUCCACCACUGAGAAGAAAGUCACCCUGCUGCUUGAAAAGGUCAACCAGGUCAAGUGGAAGACUGCUGAAAAUGUUGAGGGGGGGAAGGAAAAAGAUUACGCAGCCGGGGUGAAGCUUUUGCAGGAGAAACAGGCGGCGCUGGAGAGAGAAGUGUCUGAAUUAAAGCAAAAACUGGAAACGGAGAUUAAGAAUGAAAAGACUCUGGCCAAAGCUUGUGAAAAGGCCAGGACAGAGAAGAAGAAACUGCAGGAACAGUUGGACAAAAGUCAGGAAGAGUGCAGCAAACUCAGCGGCAGACUGGCUGAGAUCGAGGCCCAACUUCAGUCUACCAAACAGGAGCUGAUUCAGAUGAAGGUAGAGCGGGAUCGGUCUAAGACGGAGAUGAAAGAUCUUCAGCAGCAACUCUCGGAAAUGCACGACGAGCUGGACCAAGCCAAGAGGACCGAGGUGAUAAAUGCAGAGAAAGAAGUUCUUCUGGAGGAAAUGGCGCAGAUGCGUAUGGACUUCCAGGAAAUGCUGCAGGUGAAGGAGGAGCAAGAGGAGGUGCUGCACCGCAGGGAGAGGGAGCUCAGCGCCCUGAAGGGGGCACUAAAAGAGGAGGUGGAGACUCAUGAUUCGUACAUGACCGCUCUGAAGGAUGAAUACGAAAAUGAGCUUGAAAAGCUGCUCAGGGAUUUAGAGCUGGCUAAAGAGAGCAGCGCUGUGUUGGGACAAAAGAAGGUUGAAGCAGAGGAAGAGAGAGGAGUAGCAAAGGUUCAGCUGAAGGAGCUGAGCCAGGACAGAGAUCAGCUGAGAGGAAAGGUGCAGGAGCUGAACAACAAGGUGGAUCAGCUGAAUCAGGCAGUCCAGGAGUCUAAAAUCACUGAGAGACAGCUGGAGCAGAGAGCAAAGCAGCUGGAGAGGGAGAAGCAGCAGGUUGAGGAGGCGCUAAGAGAUGUGAGGAGGAAUGAGGAGGAGAUGUGUCAGUCUAACCAGUCGCUGCUCACUCGCCUGGAGGACGUGCAGAGCAAGUUGACCAAGCUAAAUCAUGAGCACAGGGACCUGAAGGAGAAGCUUAAAGAGGAGAGGAAACAAGUAGAGGAGCUGUGGAAGACAAAAACCGAGCUGGAGGAUGAGAGGAGGCUGCAGGACAGGACUGUGGAGCAACUGCAGAGGAAGAUGAAUAUCAUCAUGGAGGAGUGCGAGGCGUCCACAGAUGUGCUUCAGAACCAGGUUGAUGAGGCCCGAGAGAAGAGUCAGAGGGAGUUGGACGAGCUGCGGAGGCAGCUGCAGGAAAAGGGAGCAGAGCUGGAGAAAUCCCGUCAGGCAGCCAAAAAACUUCAGGAAGAGCUGCUUCCUCUGGAGGAGGAUCUGCGGCGGUGUCGCAGGGAGCAGCAGGAGGCCCAGCUGAGGGGCCGGCAGCUGGAGCAGAAGAUGGAGGAGCUGGAGGAGAGGAACGCAGCCUCGGUGGGAGAUCGAGAACGGCAGGUCAAACUCAUGGAGGGACGAAUCAGCCAAUUAGAAGAAGAUCUUGGUGAUGAGCGCAGCAGUGCCGACCGCCUGAUGGAACGACUGGACAAAACCAAAGAGCAGAUGGAUCACAUGAGAAACGAGCUGAUGCAGGAGCGAGCAGUCAGGCAGGACCUGGAGUGUGACAAGAUGAGCCUGGAGAGACAGAAUAAAGACCUGAAGAGCAGAGUGUCUCAUCUGGAAGGAUCGCAGAGGACCAAUCAGGAUUCACUCCUCUCCAAACUGAACAGCCGCAUCCAGGAACUUGAAGAAAGGUUGCAAGUAGAGGAGAGAGACAACAACAGCCUGCAGCAAGCAAACCGCAAGCUGGAGCGCAAGGUGAAGGAGAUGAAGAUGCAGACGGAUGAGGAGCACAUCAACCUGCAGAGCCAGCGAGACCAGCUGACUCAGAGGCUGAAGACAGCAAAGAGGCAGAUGGACGAGGCGGAGGAGGAGAUCGAGCGUCUGGAACACGCCAAAAAGAAGCUGCAGAGAGAACUGGACGAGCAGAUCGAGACCAACGAGCAGCUUCAUGGCCAACUGAGCUCACUGCGGAACGAGAUGAGCAGGCGUAAGAGGAAAUCACCUCCUCUCAUUAAGGGUGUGGAAGACGGCGCGAACGACGUGGAUGACUUUGGAUCUGACUGACUGAAAAACAAAAUGCCGUCCAACAAUUUCUGGACUUAUUAAGAAAUGUUGGACUCACUGUGAAAAUUCCUGCAUAUCAUAUUUCAACAUAAUUCCAUUAACAAGCUCAGGUGUGAUUUCAUAAUGUUGUGCGUGGCAUAUUGCCAAGACUGACCUCUUGUGGCAACAUGUGUAACUACAAACUGAUGUUUUACAAUGCAGCAGACAAACUGCCUUAUUUUACCUAAACUCAAAUGGAUUAAUUUGCUCCCUAAGUUAUUCCUCUGCUGUGUGAGUUAAUAUUAUGCAAACUGCAAAUCUUAAACUGAUGAAUAAAUGUGUGUAAGAUACGUUCCCGACAUUCACAGCUGAGCAAAUUGGCUUGAUUU